AUGACCAGCAUGUUCACCACGAACGACUUCAGUUUUCGGGUCAAGCGCAUGUCUAGAGACUUCGCUUUGUCGUCCGUGUCUGGUCUGUCUUCGGCCUCCGUGGUCUCUUUGCUAAGUCACCUCUUGGCUUCCUCUGCCCCUCCUCUUCUCGAGGCGUGCCCUCUCUGUCCUGACCUUCCUGACUUGGACUUGGGCUCUUUCUUCUUUGGCCUGGGCUGUGGGGUGCUGCUCCUCCCGUUGUUGGAGGCCCUGCUUCUGGCUCGCGUGGAGCGUCUUGAGUUGCUGGUUGAACAACUGCAGGGCGAGAUUCGCGCACUGCGUGCCAUUGUGGGCGUGGGUGCGGAGGACUACGAAGUGGUGGGCACUGCGAGCACUCCGACUCGUCCCGCCACGCGCCAGGCCAGUCCGGCAGUCUACACUCCUGAGCGCCCAGCUCGCACUAACUGGGCCCCCUUGCAGGCCUCCGGGCCCGCGGCAGAGCAAAGCAGCUCUCCGGCCGCCACUCCGCUGCCUCGUUCGGAGAGGGACAACGCGUGCAGAGAGAUCGGGUUGUGGAUCACCCGUGCCCUUGGUGGUAAUCACAGGGGCGCAAGCGGCCGAGACCGCAUCGCGCAAGCCUCCAAAUACUGGCUUGUCUUCCGGGGCUUUGAAGGGGAGAACUUUGAUCCUCCUCGUGCCUUCACUUCUUUUGCCAAGGCCAAGGAGGUGUGCAAAAGGCAGGCUGAUUGUGGACAGUCCGUCUUCGUGGGAUUGCCUGCUCGUGCUGACGUCGACGCUGUCUGCGCGGCGGCCGGCUUCCCUUCCGUGACCUACGACUGA